GAUGUCAUCCGAAAUCUGUUGGAGACAAACAGACACCAGGAUAAGAAACAACUCCUAUCACCCAUGCAACGAAAGGUAACUAUAUUUAUACUCAAUGAGCUCAAGACAAUGCAGGUGACCAAUAUCCAGGAUGGAUUUGAUUGGUGUGUUAUGUGUGAUUUGACAGAGACAGAUACAAUGAAACAUUGACAAGGCUGGCUGUAGUGGCUGGCCAUUCAAUGGUGCACACUCAAAAGACUCAGAUGAGGACCACAGUGACGGAGAACCAAGAGGCCACGCCCUCACACCCCGCCCCCAAGCCACAAAAGGAUGAGACCCCGAAUCAGUUGGAAACGAACAGACAGCAGGAUGCAAAACAACACACUCCUACCACUGCUGCAAAGAAAGGUUCAUUUGAUCUAUAUGACUAUAGUCAAUAGAUGUUAGUCACCUCAAUUUAGCCAUAGUCACUCUCUAGACCUCUGGAUAAAUUGAAGUGACCAAAAUCUGUGGAUGCGAUGGGUGUUUUUAUGUGUUAUAUGAUAGACAGGUACAAUGAAAACAUUGACACAUGAAUGUCUGUAGGUAUGGGAGCAGAGUGAUCAAGGGUUUUUCUUUAUUUUUUACAAUUUUCUAUGAAAUAAUACAUAUGGAAUCAUGUAGUAACCAAAAAAGUGUUCAACAAAUCAAAAUAUAUUUUAUAUUUGAGAUUCUUCAAAAAGCCACCCUUUGCCUUGAUGACAGCUUUGCACACUCUUGGCAUUCUCUCAACCAGCUUCACCUGGAAUGCUUUUCCAACAGUCUUGAAGGAGUUCCCACAUAUGCUGAGCACUUGUUGGCUGCUUUUCCUUCACUCUGCAGUCCAACUCAUCCCAAACCAUCUCAGUUGGGUUGAGGUCGGGGGAUUGUCGAGGCCAGGUCAUCUGAUGCAGCACUCCAUCACUCCUCCUUGGUACAAUAGCCCUUACACAGCCUGGAGGUGUGUUGGGUCAUUGACCUCUUGACAAACAAAUGAUAGUCCCACUAAGCCCAAACCAGAUGGGAUGGCUUAUCGCUGCAGAAUGCUGUGGUAGCCAUGCUGGUUAAGUGUGCCUUGAAUUCUAAAUAAAUCACAAACAGUGUCACCAGCAAAGCACCCCCACACAAUCACACCACCUCCUCCAUGCUUUACGGUGGGAAAUACACAUGCGGAGAUCAUCCGUUCACCCACAUCGCAUCUCCCAAAGACACGGCGGUUGGAACCAAAAAUCUAAAAUUUUGACUCCAGACCAAAGGACACAUUUCCACUGGUCUAAUGUCCAUUGCUCGUGUUUCUUGGCCCAAGCAAGUCUCUUCUUAUUAUUGGUGUUCUUUAGUAGUGGUUUCUUUGCAGCAAUUCGACCAUGAAGGCUUGAUUCACACAGUCUCCUCUGAACAGUUGAUGUUGAGAUGUGUCUGUUACUUGAACUCUGUGAAGCAUUUAUUUGGGCUGCAAUUUCUGAGGCUGUUAACUCUAAUGAACUUAUCCUCUGCAGCAGAGGUAACUCUGGGUCUUCCUUUCCUGUGGCGGUCCUCAUGAGAGCCAGUUUCAUCAUAGUGCUUGAUGGUUUUUGCGACUGCACUUGAAGAAACUUUCAAAGUUCUUGACAUUUUCUGUGUUGACUGACCUUCAUGUCUUAAAGUAAUGAUGGACUGUCGUUUCUCUUUGCUUAUUUGAGCUGUUCUUGCCAUAAUAUGGACUUGGUCUUUUACCAAAUAGGGCUAUCUUCUGUAUACCCCCCCUACCUUGUUACAACACAACUGAUUGACUCAAACGCAUUAAGAAGGAAAGAAAUUCCACAAAUUAACUUUUAAGAAGGCACACCUGUUAAUUGAAAUGCAUUCCAGGUGACUAUAUCAUGAAGCUGGUUGAGAGAAUGGCAAGAGUGUGCAAAGCUGUCGUCAAGGCAAGGGGUGGCUAUUUGAAGACUCAAAUAUAAAAUAUAUUUUGAUUUGUUGAAUACUUUUUUGGUUACUACCUGAUUCCAUAUGUGUUAUUUCAUAGUUUUGAUGUCUUCACUAUUAUUCUACAAUGUAGAAAACAGUAAAAAAUAAAGACAAACCCUUGAAUGAGUAGGUGCUCUAAAACGUUUGACCGGUAGUGUGUAUAUAUAUAUAUUAUUUAUUUCCAGGUACAUAUUUGUAUGUUGACAUUUGCCUGUGGUGUUCUCUCAGGAAAGGGCGAAUAAUGAGAUGCAGGUGAUGAACCAGCUGAGUCAUCCUAACAUCCUCCAGCUCUACGAGGCCCUUGAGGCCAAGCACCAGCUGGUGUUAAUUCUGGAAUAGUAAGUUGCUACUAUUCCUUCAUAUUCCAUUAUGCUAUUCCUUGUCAUGAUCUCCAUUACACUGUAGUGCUUCCAGACAUUCUACAUAUAAUUUAACAGGGAUCAAUAAAUGAACAAUUCAUUAAUAUACUUUACUGAUCUCCUGAGGGGAGAUUUGGUUUACUGGCAGCAUACACUAAAGAACAAAAUACAGACGAUCAGAGGCAUACAUACAGUAGCCAGAAUCACCACAAAUAUGGAUACAUGAUGAAACAAAGUGCAUUACAUAUACCUUAAACAAAAGUACACAAUGGAAAGGGGUGAAAGGAGCAGUGGAGUUGGUCAACGUGCUGUCUGUGUGUGGCAGUGUUGAGGGCGGAGAGCUGUUUGAAAGGAUCGUGGAUGAGAGUGCACCACUGACCGAGGAGAAUUCCCUGGUGUUUGUCAAGCAGAUCUGUGAAGGGGUCAGCUACAUGCAUCAGAUGUACGUCCUCCACCUCAACCUGAAAGUGAGUAUGGUGGACUGGAUGUGCAUUGUCUCAAACCAGAUUUUAAGGCUCACCACCAACUGUCACAAAUGCCAGGCACAUUUUAAUCACCACUUAAAGCACUGCGUGGUCACUCACCAUGAAUCAAAGAGGCACUCAUACAUGUGUCGGUGUGAGAAAAGUAAUCAAUGGUUCAUUUAUCCACUACAAUGUUUACAGCCGGAGAAUAUCCUUUGUGUAAAUCACACUGGCCAUCAGGUGAAUAUUAUUGACUUUGGGCUGGCCAGAAGGUAAUGCCUCCUUUCUCUUCAGCUGUGUGUGUGUUGGGGGCUUUAUUGGUAGCAGCUCUGUCAAAGAUAACCUUGAAAAUGAAUGUUCUUUCUUCCUGGGAAUCAGAUACAGGCCUCGAUAGAAGCUCAGAGUCAAUUUUGGAACCCCUGUAUUUUUGGCCCCAGAGGUGGUAAACUUUGACUUUGUGUCCUUCCCCACAGAUAUGUGGACCUUAGGGGUCGUCACUUAUAUGCUGUGAGUCUAAAAUACACUACAUGGACAAAAGUAUGUGGACACCUGCUCGUCGAACAUCACAUUCCAAAAUCAUGGGCAUUAAUAUGGAGUUGGUCCCUUUCUUUGCUGCUAUAACAGCCUCCACUCUUCUUGGAAGGCUUUUCACUCGGUGUUGGAACAUUGCUGCAGGGACUUGCUUCCAUUCAGCCACAAGAGCAUUAGUGAGGUCGGGCACUGAUGUUGGGCGAUUAGGCCUAGCUUACAGUCGGCGUUCCAAUUCAUCCCAAAGGUGUUCGAUGGGGUUGAGGUCAGGGCUCUGUGCAGGCCAGGCAAGUUCUUCCACACUGAUCUCGACAAACCAUUCUGUAUGGACCUCGCUUUGUGCACAGGGGCAUUGUCAUGCUGAAACAGGAAAGGGCCUUCCCCAAACUGUUGCCACAAAGUUGGAAGCACAGAAUCUUCUAGAAGAUUUCCCUUCACUGGAACUAAGGGGCCUAGACCAAACCAUGAAAAACAGCCCCUAAAAAAAAAACAGCACUAUGCAUUCGGGCAGGUAGCGUUCUCCUGGCAUCUGCCAAACCCAGAUUUGUCUGUCGGACUGCCAGAUGGUGAAGCGUGAUUCAUCACUCCAGAGAAUGCGUUUCCACUGCUCCAGAGUCCAAUGACGGCGAGCUUUACACCACUCCAGCUAACACUUGGUAUUGCGCAUGGUGAUCUUAGGCUUGUGUGCGGCUGCUCGGCCAUGGAAACCUGUUUCAUGAAGCUCCUGACAAACAGCUAUUGUGCUGACGGUGCUUCCAGAGGCAGUUUGGAACUCGGUAGUGAGUGUUGCAACCGAGAACAGACGAUUUUUACGCGCUACGCGCUUCAGCAUUCGUCGGUCCCGUUCUGUGAGCUUGUGAGGCCUACCACUUGGCGGCUGAGCCAUUGUUGCUCCUAGACGUUUUCACUUCAUAAUAACAGCACUUGCAGUUGACCGGGGCAGCUCUACUAGGGCAGAUAUUUUACGAACUGACUUGUUGGAAACGUGGCAUCCUAUGACGGUGCCACGUUGAAGGUCACUGAGCUCUCUACUGCCAAUGUAUGUCUAUGGAGAUUGCAUGGCUGUGUGCUCGAUUUUAUACACCUGUCUGCAACGGGUGUGGCUGAAAUAGCCGAAUCCACUAAUUUGAAGUGGUGUCCACAUACUUUUGUGUAUAUAGUGUACCAGCGUCAUAUUCCCUAACAUCUCAGUUAUACUGUAAAUUGUACUGGGCAAAUGUUGUUCCACGUAAGUCACAUUUUCACUUGGUCUCCCAUUGACAUCAAUACAUGACUAAGUAAAAAUGUGACUUAAGUGGAAGUUAGGAUUCACCCCCAUGUCCCUACCGUGCUCUUUCAUUGUGACCUGUGUCCCUGUGUAAGUGCAUGCAGCACUUCCUUCCUCUCACCCUUCCUGGGUGACGAUGACUGCCAGACCCUCAACAACAUCCUCUCUGCCAACUGUUCCUUUGAGGACGAGGCCUUUGAGCACAUCUCAGCGGAGGCCAAGGAAUUUAUCUCCCACCUUCUGGUCAAAGAGAGGGGGUGAGGGCCAAAACCGAAAUAAUAAUCAUAACAUUUAUGAUUAUUACAGUUUAAUAGUAAUACUUCUACCCAUUUCCCUGUUUGGCCAGAGGGCGAAUAAGUGCUGCAGUGUGUCUAAGACAUCCGUGGCUCAACAACAUUGCAGAGAAGGCCAAGGGCAGCAAUAUAAUACUGAAGUCCCAGGUUCUGCUGAAGAAAUACCUGGCCAAGAGACUAUGGAAGGUCAGUCCAACAGAUUUCCUACACCACACACGUUAG